GCAAUCGGGUGAAAUAACUUGCGAAAUAUGCGAAAGUGAUUUUCGUUAAUGGACAUGUCUCGUUAAUGUAGAUAAGAGGAUUGCAAGUCAUCGUCUGGCAAGCUUUUAGUCGUAUCAAGAAUUUUGUCCUGUAUUAUACAGUGUUGCCAAUUGCUGCAAUUGGGGCUUGAUUUGUUGUUUCUUUUGCUGAACUUCACGAAAUAUAAUUAAAACCACUCUACAACAAAGAGGCGCGUAGAACGUCAUGUGACGUGUUUUGGGCUACCCGUGUUGGUUUGAGCCGACAUUUUCUUACGUUACGAGGUGACUUCUAGCAGAAGCACUUAAUUCGUAAAGCAAAUUCUCGCGAAUUUGUAUGUGCAAUGGAGCAAGACCAAGCUCUACAACCACUAAAUGUUAUUGACCGAAAUACUGGACAACAGAGAAUCAAACUGUCACAAAGGUGCCGUCCUGUUGCCGGCAUUUUCCUUUGCGUAUUUUCAGCAUUGACUCUAGUCGCUUGCAAUUUGUUUGUUAAACUCUGCUUGGUUAUUCCAGCUUUUGAAAUCGGAAUAAUACAAUUUGCUAUUCAACUUGUGGUUACUAUUCCAACUCUUAUCUAUUCAAACGACAAUGUUAUUUUUUCUCCAAAGAUUACUGCAUUACUUGUGUUGCGAGGAUUUGGUGGAGCGACGAGCAUGGUAACACGAUUCUAUGCAUCACAAAACAUGCCUCUAGGAGAUGCAACUGUUCUCUUAUUCACUACUCCAGUAUUUGUGGCUAUUUUGGCAAGGAUAUUUUUGAAGGAGCGUUUGCAUUGGAUCUAUUCGAUUCUUCUUGUAUUGUGCUUGGCUGGUGUUACUCUGAUUGCACGACCAACAUUCAUCUUCGGACACCCAGAUACCGUCCCCGAGUAUAAUAAUAUUCUAGUGCCUUCUCUUGUUGCUUUGCUAUCGACAGUAGCUUCUGCUUGUAAUACAGUAGUUUUAAGGGUAUUAGGUAAAAGCAAGAUUAAUUCUAGAGUGAUUAUAUUCCAUUUGGGAAUAGUAGGUAUUAUUUACUCCACUCUCGGUGCUCAUUUUGAUAAAGGGAUUCAAUUUCCAUUUUGCAAAAGCAUCGAUUAUGUGUAUGCCUUAGUUGUAGGGAUUUUGAUGACAAUUACACAGAAGUGUAUGAAUGAGGCUUUGAGAAUGGACAGGGCUUUUAUUGUAUCUCUUGUUCGCACUUCAGGAAUAGUAUUUGGAUUUCUUUUUCAAAUUAUUAUCUAUUCUCUUGUUCCAAGUGCUUUGAGUUUUGGUGGUGCAUCCAUGAUAAUAAUUUGUAAUAUCAUUAUAUUCUUUUUCAAUUGGUUUCAAUACAGAAAAAAUAGCAACUGCAAUGACGACGUCGAUAAAAUUAUAGUAAAAUAAGUUGCAUAUAAGUUUCUCAAAUGAAAAAAAAAAAAACACCAGCCAUU